CAUUUCCAGAAACCAAAGCUUCCACAAAAAUUCCCACCAGUGGAAGCAUCCUUCCAAGCUUUCUAGUAUUUGCUCAAACAAAGACAAUCUUCUUCUUCUUCAAGAGAAAGAGAAAGAGAAAGAGAGAGAGAGAGAGAGCAAAGAGGAGCAGUCCUCUCAGUACUCUCCAAUCAAUCUCAUCACAUAUAUUCCUCCCCCCCUCCCUUUGUAUUGCAUAGAUUAAGAAAAAAAAAACAUAAAAAAUAAAAAAAUUUCAUCAUCACAUAUUCACAUCUUCAUCAAUAUCAAAAUCUUCUUUUGCUUCACCAUUUGCAGCUCCCUAGCUUCGCUCUCCAUCUCUCUCUCUCUCUCUCUCUCUCUCUCUCUUUUUCUCUCUUCAAAAAUAGAAUUUGUGUAAUAUCAAUCAUUACUGAUCAGCCUAUUUACUUUUGCUUGGCUCAUUGUUGUUUCCAUUAACAGUAACAUCUGAAUAGAAUAGACUGAUCAUCCACUUCUUCACCUCUCUUUCUCCCCAUCAUCUCAAGCUAUAUAUAUAUAUAUAGCUCUAAGAAGCAAAACCCUAGAAGCAGAAAAGGUUGAAUGUAAGAGCAAAAGCAAGAAAUACAAUUUCCCAGAAGAACAAAUAAAAAAAAGUUAAUAAUUUCUCAAAGAUCCGGAUCCAUGGAUUCAAUCCCAGAAUUAAUGGAGAGCUCAAACUCUGAGAACACCUGCAGCAUCACUGAUACAAGCACCAACAAUAGCAGCAGCUUAGCCGGAGCCGCUGCCGCCGCAAGCUCUUCUUCAUCAUCAGCUUCGGCUCCUCCCAGCAGCCGCUACGAAAACCAGAAGCGCCGUGACUGGAACACCUUCGGCCAAUACCUGAAGAACCACCGCCCCCCUCUUUCCCUCUCAAGAUGCAGCGGUGCCCACGUUCUUGAAUUCCUCCGCUACCUUGAUCAAUUUGGCAAGACAAAGGUGCACACUCCAAUCUGCCCUUUCUAUGGCCACCCUAACCCUCCGGCGCCUUGCCCUUGCCCGCUGCGGCAGGCGUGGGGUAGCCUCGACGCCCUCAUCGGCCGCCUCCGUGCCGCCUUCGAAGAGAACGGAGGGAAGCCGGAAGCAAACCCUUUUGGGGCUCGAGCAGUUAGGCUCUAUCUUCGUGAGGUUCGUGAUUUGCAGUCAAAAGCAAGAGGGAUCAGCUAUGAGAAAAAGAAGCGGAAGCGCCCCCGCCAACAGUUGCCGCAGCCGCAGCAGCAGCAGCUUCCGCCCCCACCAGGAGGUGCAAGUCUAUGAAAAACUCUGCUACUCUCCAGCAGCAGCCACCCUCUCUUAUCUUGCAAAAGUCUCAAAAUGGGUACUACCUUUUUUUUCUCUUUUUAUCAGACUCUUAUGAUGAUAUGGUGGUUCGUUCUAGUGUAUUUAGGGUUUAGUUAAUUUUCUCAAAGUUAGCUCUUAUAUACAGACUGUCUUGUCUGUAUAUAUUCUGUUGCCUUUUACAGAAGCAAUGGUUAAUGGAUCGAUGUGGUAUAUCAUAAGUAUGCUUUUGAUGCAAACAGUGUUGGUAUUACUAUUAGUUGGAAAAAAGAAGUGUUAGGGAGAGUAAAAUGUACUUCAAAUUAUGGUCUAUGUGGAAUUCUGAGCAUAUUAUAUAUUGCUCAUACUAUUAUAUAUGCAUGUACUUUGAAUCUCAAUCUGAUUAUGUCUUUCAUCUC